GAUGUGUAGAAAUGAGAAACAUCAGUGUAUUAAUACAUCGAUGAUUUCUGCAAGCCUGCUGUCAACUGUCAAAAGUACUAAACAUUAAUCUAUGGUUAAUAGUUUUGUUUACAAUAAAAUUUCAGAAGUCACUAGUCAAAUGGAAAAGACUACUUUAACUUUAACCGGUAGAUAGAUACCUAAUAAUCAAAGUUGCAAUAAUGUUUUGUUUGCCACGACAUGUAUUUCUCAAUAUCCAACACACACCCAGUAUAAUACCCAAGAAACAACAAGUAAGGUAUUUUUGGGAGUAUGUAAAUAUGAUGUUUAAUAAGCCAGAUCCAGAACGUAUAAAAUCGUUGGGCCCAGACAGAGCGUGUGCCGAGUGGGUGCUUCGAAAUGGAGGCAAAGUUGUAUGGGCUAAUGGAAAAAAACUAGACGACUAUAAUUUACUUCCACCAGAAACACAAUCUGUGCCAAAAAUUGUUGUUAUUGAUGGGACUGAUUCAUCAAUAUCACAUUAUGGAUUUUCACAUUUAAGUGGCUGCACUAAGUUAGAAAAAAUAAUUCUUCAUAAUAACAAAUACAUUGAUGACAGAGCAAUGAAAGGACUUUCAUAUGGACUGGCUACAUUAUCUUACGUCCAAGUUUCAGAAUGUGUAAAUGUCGGAGAUCAAGGGCUCAAGGAAAUAAAGGCUUUAAAUAGCCUACAGACUUUAAUUCUCUUCAAUUUGUCAGGUGUAACAGAUCUUGAGGAGUGCAAGCAAUAUCUGCAAUCACAACUGCCCAAUUGCAAAAUUCUUGGACAAGAAGACAAAAUGUGUAACUGAUACUUGUAUAAUAUUUGUGUGCAUAAAUAAAAUCUAACAACAUUAAUGAACAAAUAUAUAAAAUGUUACUAUACAUUAUAAUAAAUUUAUUCAGCAAA